GCACAGCUGCGAGCACUGAUAGUUGAAAACAAUAACUCUAUUUUUAAUAAUGGAUAAGCGUCUAAUUAAUAUUCAACGUUAAUCAAUAUCUUCGGUUAGUUAAGAUAGCAACCAAAAGCCUUGUGGAGACCCACUGAGCGUUCAAUUGAUAAAAAGUCGGGCAACGUCAAGUCAUAGCAAUAGCAUUCAAAAAGCGUCGAAGCAGUCUAGAAACUAAAGUCAAGAGGCGUCCAAGGUUCAGCGGAUCGUCAUGGGCUAUUUGUCAUUAAGCGACUACGAUGUUGUGCGCAUUGAUACACCAUUCGGACAUAUGAUGGGGCAUUGGUAUGGCAAUCGCAAGGAUCGCCCCAUUCUGGCAAUACACGGCUGGCAGGAUAACAUCGGCACCUUCGAUACACUAAUUCCCCUGUUACCCGAUUAUCUGGGAGUGCUCUGCAUGGAUAUGCCUGGACAUGGUUACUCCUCAAACUUGCCGGCGGGCAUGCAUUACAGUGCUGACGAUUGGAUACUCAUUAUUAGUCGCGUCAUGAAGGAAUACAAAUGGUCAAAGGUCUCGCUCAUGGGUCACUCGCUGGGCGGUGUUUUAAGUUAUAUACACACAGCACUUGCGCCACAAACUGUCGACAUGGUUAUCCUCUUAGACAUCACAUUGCCGCCCUUUGACGCUCCCGAAUGCAUUCCGAAAAUAGGCUCAUGGAUGGAGAAGCAUCUGGUGGAAGAGGAUCGCAAUAGACUGGCCGAGGUGCAGGAACCUCCCUCCUAUACAAUGGAACAGCUGCGCGUUGUGCUGAGUCGAGGUACCUUCAACUCGGUGCCUUUGGAGUUUGCCCAACAUCUGCUCAAUCGAAGUGUGCGGAAAUCAUCACUGUAUCCCAAUCGCUACUACUUUUCUCGCGAUGGUCGCACCAAGUAUCACACACUGUUGCCUUUUUGUGCGGAGAAGGCACUUGAGUUGAUCAAACGAGUUAAGGACAAGCCGUACCUCAUCAUCAAGGGCUCCGGAUCGCCAUUUAUCGAUUCCAGAUGCGAUGAAGUACUCAACUAUCUGUCUGAGAAUAAUCCGUACUUUGAAUUCUACGAAGUUGAAGGACUGCAUCAUGUGCAUCUCACAAAUGCGGCCGAGUGUGCCAAGCACAUUGUUCCCUUCCUGAGGCGGUAUCGUCCGCCUCCCAUGGGCAGCUGGUCGAUGGCAGAGGAGGAGACAAAAGUAGCUAAGGGGAAACUCUAAUGCUGAUACAAUGAAAUGAAAAAUCUAAUAAUCAAAACUAAAAAUAUUCCAUUAAAGAAAC